UAAAAAUAGUGAGACGUCGCCCUUUGCGAUUAUUACAGCAAAUUUCUUUUUAAUGGUCUCCGUAUAAUAUCAAAACACGUGUGUUUACAAAAUUACAACUUUAGCGAAGAUUUAUCAUAAUAAACGUAGAUAUGGGCAGACCAGAAUUCAGUCCAAGAGGUGGUGGUGGUCGAGGGUUUGGUGGUGACCGAGGUGGCGGUCGUGGUGGGCGAGGUGGAUUCGGUGACCGUGGGGGUGGGGGUGGUUUUCGUGGUCGUGGUGGAUUUGGGGACAGGGGUGGUGGCAGAGGUGGCUUUGGGGACAGGGGUGGUCGCGGUGGAUUCAGGGGAGGCAGAGGUGGGGGUAGAGGAGGGUUUGGUGAUCGUGGCGGUGGUCGUGGAGGAGGCAGAGGAUUUGGGGACCGUGGUGGAAGAGGAGGUCGAGGUGGGCGUGGAGGUGGUAGGGGUGGUAUGAGAGGAGGUAAACAAGUCGUUGUUGAACCCCACAGGCAUACAGGAGUGUUUAUUGCGAGAGGAAAGGAAGAUGCCCUUGUCACACUUAAUAUGGUGCCCGGUGAGUCUGUCUAUGGAGAGAAGAGAAUCUCUGUUGAGGCUGGAGAGAUAAAGACUGAGUACAGAGCGUGGAAUCCCUUCCGUUCAAAGUUAGCUGCAGCGAUCCUUGGAGGUGUGGACCAGAUUCACAUGGGGCCGGGAAAGAAGGUCUUGUACUUAGGGGCUGCCUCUGGGACCACUGUUAGUCAUGUGUCAGACAUUGUUGGGCCGGAAGGUCUUGUGUACGCUGUGGAGUUCUCACACAGAAGUGGGCGAGACUUGAUCAACGUGGCCAAGAAGCGUACCAACAUCAUUCCCAUUAUUGAGGACGCCAGACAUCCACAUAAAUACAGAAUGCUUGUUGGUAUGGUUGACACAAUCUUCGCUGAUGUUGCCCAGCCUGACCAGGCGAGAAUUGUCGCCAUCAAUGCUCACCAGUUUCUCAAAAACACGGGACAUGUGGUCAUCUCUAUAAAGGCAAACUGCAUUGACUCGACAGCUGCCCCCGAGGCGGUGUUUGCCAGCGAGGUGAACAAGUUGAAGGCCGAGAAGAUCAAGCCUCAGGAGCAGCUCACUCUGGAGCCCUACGAGAGAGACCACGCUGUUGUGGUCGGACAAUACAGACCUCCGCCAAAAAAAUGAGAGACGUUGAUUGAGUUUUAAUGGACUUGAGAAACACCAAACCCUGAGUUAAGAGCUGAGCAGGGCCCAAUUGUAUCAGCAUUUCUACAUACAAUACGGAAGUUUCCUAUGUGCUGGUUGGAAGAUUUAAUUCUUUUGUACUUAAUUCAAGCAGGACUGAAGGUCCUGUGAAAUUUGUUAUGACUUUGUUUGUUUUGUUAGAUGAUAGCUUUGUUAUAAUAGUGACAGGUUUUCAAUGUAAUUGUUUUGUGUUGUCAAAUAUAAAAAUAUUAUUUUGUCAAAUUAUAUUCAUGAAUAUAGCCUCAUAGCUGGUGUUUUUUUCUAAAUUUUUUUUUCUAAAUUAAAAUGCAAGAGUUUUAUUUGACCUGUGGUGUUAAAUGCAAAGAAAAUCUUGUGUCGUUAUUAUCAAUGUAUGAACUUUAAAAAUAAGUGACUAUUUUGUAUGCAUAGAUGUGUUCAUAUUAUCUCAUUGUGUAUAACAUGCACACACUGUACAUUGGUCAUUGAUAACGGUUUUAAUAAAUCAUGUAUCAAUA